AUGAACAGCGCGGUGGCGGCACCUGCCGCUUCCCGGUGGCAGGCGGUUGCCCCUCCCUGGACAGCGGCAGCAGUGCACCCAUCGCUGCGCUGUCAUCUCGGAUGUGGAUGCACGGCGCGGUCACGGAACCAUUUUGCUGUUUCGGCGAGAGAGGGCGCUACCGCAUCACGGAUAGAGCCUCCUAUGGUGGACGGGCUGCAGGGUGCGCCUCCUCCCUCCCUCAGGUGGGCCGCACACGCAGCCCCACCCUGGGUGUUAAGGACGAUUUCGAGGGGAUACAGGUUGCAGUUCGCCACCGUUCCCCCUCGUUUCGCCGGCAUUUUGCAUUCCCAGGCUCGAGGGGAGUCAGCCCACGUUUUACAGGGAGAAAUCAGCUCCUUGUUAAACAAGGGAGCGAUUUGUGUUGUACCUCCUGCACAGUGUCAGAGCGGGUUUUACUCCAGGUAUUUUCUGGUCCCCAAACGGGGGGGGAACGGGAUUCGCCCUAUCCUGGAUCUUCGUGCUCUGAACAGAUAUCUCCGGAAAUACAAAUUCAGGAUGCUCACACACGCAUCCCUGUUGCGUCUUGUGCGGCAGAACAAUUGGUUCACUUCUGUCGACCUGAAGGACGCGUAUUUCCACAUCCCUAUCUACCCUCCCCACAGAAAAUUCCUGAGGUUCGCUUUCCAGGGGAUUUGCUACGAGUACCGAGUGCUUCCUUUCGGUCUCUCUCUGAGUCCGCGGGUGUUCGUGCGGUGCACGGAAGCGGCAAUAGCUCCGCUGAGGCGCCAGGGCAUCCGCUUGGCCACAUACCUGGACGACUGGCUGCUGCUGGCACAGUCGGAGCAGGAGGCCAGGGUGCACACGCAUGUUCUCGUGGAGCACCUGUCCGAUCUGGGUUUUGUGAUAAACACGGAAAAAAGCGUGCUGUCCCCAGCGCAGAGCAUAAUUUUUCUGGGCCUGUCUCUGGACUCGCUGUCUUUCACAGCGCGCUUCUCGGCGGCCCGCCUUAGGGUUUUCAGGACAUGUCUCGGGUUUUUUCGUCCGGGAAAAUCGGUCCAAUUCAGGCUGUGUCUUCGAUUGCUCGGACUGAUGGCGUCCGCCAUUCUCGUUGUCCGGCUCGGUCGCCUCCACAUGAGGGAUUUUCAGCUUUGGGUGGCCUCAUGCGGCCUGGACCCCGCCCGUCAUGGCGCACGCAGGGUGCGGAUCACUGCUGCGUGUGCCAGGACACUGCGUCCCUGGCGGAUCCCGGCCUUUCUGACGCAGGGAGUCCCUAUGGGCUCCAUCCUGUCCAGGAAGGUGGUCACUACGGAUGCGAGCCUGACGGGCUGGGGUGGGAUCCACGAGGGCCGAACUGUGAGGGGCCGUUGGAGCGUCGGUCUCCAGCGGUCCCACAUAAACUUUCUGGAGCUUUCGGCGGUUUUCCUCUCCCUGAAGCAUUUCCUCCCAUCCCUCGUGGGCCAUCAUGUCCUGGUAAGGACGGACAAUACAACGACGGUGGCGUACAUCAACCGUCAAGGGGGUUUGCGCUCCCGCCAGUUACACAUGCUGGCACGCAGACUGAUCCUCUGGAGCAGCGAUCGCCUCCUCUCUCUGAGGGCAACGCACGUCCCGGGAGUCCUGAAUACGGGCGCGGACCUGCUGUCCAGAGGCGUGCCUGUAUACGGGGAAUGGACUCUGCACCCAGUGGUGGUGGAACAGAUUUGGACCCGUUACGGUCGGGCCACAGUGGAUCUGUUCGCAUCAAGAGAAAAUGCGCACUGCGCUCUGUUUUAUUCUCUGCGCAGCAUGGAUGCUCCUCUGGGCGUAGACGCACUAGCGCACGUCUGGCCGCCCGGGCUCCUUUAUGCAUUCCCUCCCCUGGCGUUGAUACCCCUCACUCUGGCCAGAGUGAGGGAAUACGGCCACACACUGAUAUUGAUAGCUCCGCUUUGGCCUGCCAUGCAUUGGCUGGCGGAGAUAUAUCAGUUGCUGCGUGCUCAGCCUUGGCAACUCCCGCUACGCAGGGACCUGUUACUUCAGGGGAGGGGGACGGUCUUCCACCCACACCCAGAACGCCUGGCAUUGUGGGCUUGGCCCCUGAGCGGCUCAGUCUGUCAGCUGUGGGACUCCCACCGCGGAUCUCUGUAUGGUUCUAAGUGGGGGGUCUUCGUGGAGUGGUGCAAUAGACACGGCCACGUUCCUCUUCAGUGCCCGGUGGGGGUGAUUUUGUCAUUCUUGCAGGACCUGAUUGACAAGAAGAAAGCCUUCUCCACGGUAAAAGUGUAUUUGGCAGCUAUUGCUGCCUGUCACGUGGGGUUUGAGAAGCACACGGCGAGUCAGCAUCCAUUGGUCUGCCGCUUUAUGAAGGGCGCACGCAGGCUCCUUCCUGUGUCCAGACCGCUGGUACCACCGUGGGAUCUGGCUGUGGUUCUGGAGGGGCUUAAGGGCCCUCCCUUUGAGCCACUGGAGGGGGCAGAUUUAAAACACGUCUCCCUCAAGGCGGUGUUGCUGCUAGCUCUGGCGUCAGCUAAGCGGGUCAGUGACAUCCAUGCGCUUUCGGUGCACCCGACAUGCGCCCAGUUUUUCCCGGGCGGUGUGAGGAUGGUUUUGAGGCCCAACCUGGCUUUUGUGCCUAAGGUGGUGGGCUCAUGUUCUCCUAUUGAUCUUGUGGCUUUCCCUGCCUCGUCAGGGGACUCGCGGUCACAUGCCUUGUGUCCAGUACGCGCGGUGCGCGCUUACAUGGAUAGGACUGGGGGUUUCAGGCGGAGCGAUCAGUUGUUCGUCUCCUGGUCUGGUCCUCAUAAGGGAAAACCUGUCACAAAGCAGCGCCUGUCACACUGGGUGGUGGAGGCGAUUGCUUUGGCCUAUACGGGUCAGGGUUUGCAGCCUCCUGGGGGCCUGCGGGCACAUUAG